AUGGGCCUGCUGGACGACUUCGACGACCGACAAACCCACAUUGACGCCGAACAGGAACAAUACCACCCGUUUGAGUACCAGACCGAGAACAAUGGCUCGUGGGCUGGUGCCUUGCCGGUGAAGCAGGGUCUCUAUGACCCGUCCUUGGAAAAGGAUGCCUGCGGAGUAGGCUUUGCCUGCCACAUCAAGGGCAAGGCUAGCCACAAGAUUGUUAGUGAUGCACGCAACUUGCUCUGCAACAUGACCCAUCGAGGAGCCGUCGGCUCCGACGCCAGAGACGGCGACGGUGCCGGCGUCAUGACCUCGAUCCCCCACCGGUUCUUCAUCAAGAACUUUGAAAAGGAGGAGAACAUCAAGCUGCCGCCCCUGGGUCAGUACGCCGUCGGCAACCUCUUCUUCAAGCCCGACGAGGAGACCUUUGGCGAGUCCAAGCGGCAGCUGGAAGACGUUGCCGAGUCCCUGGGCCUGCGCGUCCUCGGCUGGCGCCGCCCGCCCGUCGACUCGACCCUGCUCGGCCCGGCCGCCCGCUCGCGCGAGCCCAUCAUCGCCCAGCCCUUCGUCGUCCUCGCCUCCGCCUACGGAACCGGCGUCGAGCCCGAGAACACGGACCCGGCCGCCUUUGACGAGCGCCUCUUCGAGCGGCAGCUCUUCGUCCUCCGCAAGCGCGCCACGCACGCCAUCGGCCUGCACAACUGGUUCUACAUCUCCUCGCUGUCCAGCAAGAACAUCGUCUACAAGGGCCAGCUGGCGCCCGUCCAGGUCUACGCCUACUACCACGAUCUCGUCAACGCCGACUACGAGGCGCACUUUGCGCUCGUCCACUCGCGCUUCUCGACCAACACCUUUCCCUCGUGGGACCGCGCGCAGCCGCUGCGCUGGGCGGCGCACAACGGCGAGAUCAACACGCUGCGCGGCAACAAGAACUGGAUGCGCGCGCGCGAGGGCGUCAUGCGGUCCGACGUCUUCCGCGACGAGCUGGAGCAGCUGUACCCGGUCGUCGAGGACGGCGGGUCCGACUCGGCCGCGUUCGACAACGUGCUCGAGCUGCUGACCAUCAACGGCGUGCUGUCGCUGCCCGAGGCGGUCAUGCUCAUGGUGCCCGAGGCCUGGCAGGGCAACGAGCACAUGGACCCUAAGAAGGCCGCCUUCUACGAGUGGGCGGCCUGCCAGAUGGAGCCGUGGGACGGGCCGGCGCUGUUUACCUUUGCCGACGGCCGCUACUGCGGUGCGAACCUGGAUCGUAAUGGUCUUCGUCCGUGCCGAUUCUACGUCAUGGACGAUGACCGCAUCAUCUGCGCGUCCGAGGUCGGCACCAUCCCCGUGGAGCCCGAGUCGGUGGUGCAAAAGGGCCGUCUGCAGCCGGGCCGCAUGCUGCUGGUCGACACCCACGCUGGCCGCAUCAUCGACGACAAGGAGCUCAAGGAGGCCGUGGCCAGCCGCCACGACUUCCGCGCCUGGCUGGACCGCGAGCUGGUGACCAUGCCCAAGGUGCUCGAGGAGCUGGAGCCGACGGCGGACCUGGCGGCCAAGCCGGACACAACCCCGCUGCAGGAGGACCCGAUGCUGCUCUCCUUUGGUUACACCCAUGAGCAGGUCUCGCUGCUGCUGGCGCCCAUGGCGGCCGACGAGAAGGAAGCCCUGGGAUCCAUGGGCAACGACGCGCCGCUGGCUUGUCUCACGCAGGCGCCGCGUCUGCUGUACGACUACUUCCGACAGCUGUUCGCCCAGGUGACCAACCCGCCCAUCGACCCUAUCCGCGAGUCCAUCGUCAUGUCGCUCGAGUGCUACGUCGGCCCGCAGGGCAACCUUCUCGAGAUGGACGCCUCGCAGUGCGGCCGGCUGCUGCUGCCGAGCCCGAUCCUGUCCAUCCCCGAGUUCAACGCGCUCAACCGGCUGUCCACCCUCCGCCCGGAGUGGACCGUCCGCACCAUCGACCUGACCUUCCCCAAGGCCGAGGGCGUCGCGGGCUACCUCCGCCACCUGGACGAGAUCUGCGCCGAGGCCACGGCGGCCAUCGAGGCGCGCGACCGCAUCAUCGUGCUCUCGGACCGGGCCACCUCGGCGGACCGCGUGCCCGUGUCGGCGCUGCUCGCGUCCGGCAUGGUGCACCACCACCUGGUCGGCAACAAGUGGCGGUCCAUGGCGGCGCUGGUGGUCGAGACGGCCGAGGCGCGCGAGGUGCACCACAUGUGCGUGCUGCUCGGCUACGGCGCCGACGCGGUCAACCCGUACCUGGCCAUGGAGUGCAUCCUCAAGCUCAACCGCGAGGGCCUCAUCAAGAAGACGCUGACGGACGAGGCGCUGAUCCGCAACUACAAGCACUCCUGCGACGGCGGCAUCCUCAAGGUCAUGAGCAAGAUGGGCAUCUCGACGCUCGCCUCGUACAAGGGCGCGCAGAUCUUCGAGGCGCUCGGGCUGGACGAGGCCGUCGUCGAGCGCGGCUUCCGCGGCACCGCCUCCCGCAUCCAGGGUCUUACUCUCGAGCUGCUCGCCGAGGACGCCUUCCGCUUCCACGAGCGCGGCUUCCCCUCGCGCCGCACCGUCGACGUCACGGCGCUGCCCGAGUCCGGCGAGUACCACUGGCGCGACGGCGGCGAGGCCCACGUCAACGACCCGACCUCCAUCGCCAACAUCCAGGACGCCGUCCGCACCAAGAACGACAAGUCCUACGAGGCCUACUCGCGCUCCGAGUACGAGCAGAUCAAGAACUGCACCCUGCGCGGCCUGCUCGACUUCAAGUUUGACGAGCGCAGCCCGGUGCCCAUCGACCAGGUCGAGCCCUGGACGGAUAUCGUGCGUCGAUUCUGCACGGGUGCCAUGUCCUACGGGUCCAUCUCCAUGGAGUCGCACUCGACGCUGGCCGUGGCCAUGAACCGCCUCGGCGGCAAGUCCAACACGGGCGAGGGCGGCGAGGACCCGGAGCGCUCCCAGCGCAUGCCCAACGGCGACACCAUGCGCUCCGCCAUCAAGCAGGUCGCAUCCGGUCGCUUCGGCGUCACCUCGGCGUACCUGGCCGACUCGGACGAGCUGCAGAUCAAGAUGGCCCAGGGCGCCAAGCCCGGCGAGGGCGGCGAGCUUCCCGGUCACAAGGUGUCCAAGAGCAUCGCCCGCACCCGGCACUCGACCCCCGGCGUCGGCCUCAUCUCCCCGCCGCCGCACCACGACAUCUACUCCAUCGAGGACCUGAAGCAGCUCAUCUACGACCUCAAGUGCUCCAGCCCGCGCUCGCGCGUCUCCGUCAAGCUCGUCUCCGAGGUCGGCGUCGGCAUCGUCGCCUCGGGCGUCGCCAAGGCCAAGGCCGACCACAUCCUCAUCUCCGGCCACGACGGCGGCACCGGCGCCUCCCGCUGGACCGGCAUCAAGUACGCCGGCCUGCCCUGGGAGCUGGGCCUCGCCGAGACGCACCAGACGCUCGUCCUCAACGACCUCCGCGGCCGCGUCGUCGUCCAGACCGACGGCCAGCUGCGCACCGGCCGCGACAUCGCCAUCGCCUGCCUCCUCGGCGCCGAGGAGUGGGGGUUCGCCACGGCGCCGCUGAUCGCCAUGGGCUGCGUCUUCAUGCGCAAGUGCCACCUCAACACGUGCCCCGUCGGCAUCGCCACGCAGGACCCGGAGCUCCGCGCCAAGUUCAAGGGCACGCCGGAGCACGUCAUCAACUUCUUCUACUACCUGGCCAACGAGCUGCGCGCCAUCAUGGCCCAGCUGGGCUUCCGCACCAUCAACGAGAUGGUCGGCCACGUCGAGGUGCUCAAGAUGCGCGACGACCUGCGCACGAACAAGACGGCCAACAUUGACCUCUCCCUGCUGCUGACGCCGGCGCAUCAGCUGCGGCCGGGCGUGGCCACGUUCAACGUGCGCAAGCAGGAUCAUAAGCUCUACGUGCGCCUGGACAACAAGCUCAUCUCCGAGGCCGAGCUCACCCUCGACAAGGGCCUGCCCUCGCGCAUCGAGUGCGACAUUGUCAACACCGACCGCGCCAUGGGCACGUCGCUGUCCUACCAGAUCUCCAAGCGCUACGGCGAGGCCGGCCUGCCCAUGGACACGGUCCACGUCAACAUCAAGGGCUCGGCCGGUCAGUCGUUCGGUGCCUUCCUCGCUCCUGGCGUCACCCUGGAGCUCGAGGGCGACGCCAACGACUACGUCGGCAAGGGCCUGUCCGGCGGCCGGCUGAUCAUCUACCCGCCGCGCUCCGCCCAAUUCAAGGCCGAGGAGAACAUCCUCAUCGGCAACGUGUGCCUGUAUGGCGCCACCGCCGGCACCUGCUUCUUCCGGGGCGUCGCCGCCGAGCGCUUCGCCGUGCGCAACUCGGGCGCCACCGCCGUCGUCGAGGGCGUCGGCGACCACUGCUGCGAGUACAUGACCGGCGGCCGCGUGCUCAUCCUCGGCAGCACCGGGCGCAACUUCGCCGCGGGCAUGUCCGGCGGCAUCGCCUACGUGCUCGACAAGAACCGCGACUUCAUGGGCAAGCUCAACACGGAGAUGGUCGAGGCCGGGCCGCUCGAGGACCCGACGGAGAUUGCGUACGUGCGCGGCCUCGUCGAGGACCACCACCACUACACCGGCUCCGAGCUCGCGGCGCGCAUCCUGGUCGACUUCAACCGCGCCCUGCCGCGCUUCGUCAAGGUGCUGCCCGUCGACUACAAGCGUGUCCUGGAAGAGGAGGCGGCCAAGGCCAAGGCGGCCAAGAGCGCCGAGUACGACCUCCCCGCCGUCGCCGGCGUCCCCGCGCACAGCCAUCCCAAGAAGGAGGGCGAGAAGGCGGCCAAGCUGCAGGACCUCGAGGAGGCCGUCGGCGACAGCGCCGUCGAGAAGAAGCGCGCGCUGGUGCUGGACAAGACGCGCGGCUUCAUGAAGUACGCGCGGCGCUCCGAGAAGUACCGGGCCGCCUCGGCGCGCACCAAGGACUGGGCCGAGAUCAGCUCGCGCCUCAACGAGGACGAGCUCAAGUACCAGUCGGCGCGGUGCAUGGACUGCGGCGUGCCCUUCUGCCAGUCCGAGACGGGCUGCCCCAUCUCCAACAUCAUCCCCAAGUGGAACGAGCUCGUCUUCCAGAACCAGUGGCGCGACGCCCUCACCCGCCUGCUCAUGACCAACAACUUCCCCGAGUUCACCGGUCGCGUGUGUCCGGCGCCGUGCGAGGGCGCCUGCGUGCUGGGCAUCAACGAGGAUCCGGUGGGCAUCAAGUCGAUCGAGUGCGCCAUCAUCGAUCGCGGGUUCGAGAUGGGCUGGAUGGUGCCGCGCGUGCCGGAAGUGCGCACGGGGAAGAAGGUGGCGAUCAUCGGGUCCGGCCCGGCUGGUCUUGCCGCGGCGGACCAGCUCAACCGCGCGGGACACCUGGUCACCGUGUACGAGCGCGCGGACCGCCUCGGCGGCUUGCUCAUGUACGGCAUCCCCAACAUGAAGCUCGACAAGCGCAUCGUCAAGCGCCGCACCGACUUCAUGGCCGCCGAGGGCAUCGUCUUCAAGACCGGCGUCGCCGUCGGCGAAGACGGCCAGCCUAGCCUCGCCUCCCUCCGCGCGGACAACGACGCCGUCAUCAUCGCCACCGGCGCCACCGUCGCGCGCGACCUGCCCAUCAAGGGCCGCGAGCUCGCCGGCAUCCACUACGCCAUGGAGUUCCUCCACCGCAACACCAAGUCGCUGCUCGACUCGGAACUGGCCGACGGCAGCUACAUCUCCGCCAAGGGCAAGCACGUCGUCGUCAUCGGCGGCGGCGACACGGGCAACGACUGCAUCGGCACCUCCGUCCGGCACGGCGCCGCCUCCGUCACCAACUUUGAGCUGCUCCCGCAGCCCCCCGACGAGCGCGCGCGCGACAACCCCUGGCCGCAGUGGCCGCGCGUCUACCGCGUCGACUACGGGCACGCCGAGGUGCGGCAGCACACCGGCCGCGACCCGCGCGAGUACUGCAUCAUGUCCGAGGAGUUCGCCUCCGACGGUAGCGGGAACGUCAAGGGCAUCAACACCAUCCGGGUGGAGUGGACCAAGAACCCGAGCGGCGGCUGGGACAUGAAGAAGGUCGAGGGCUCGCAGCAGUUCUUCCCGGCGGACCUGGUGCUGCUGGCGAUGGGCUUCCUGGGCCCGGAGGCGAGGGUGCUCGGCGAGGAGGUGGAAAAGGACGCGCGGAAGAACGUCAAGACGGCGCCGGGCAAGUACGGCACGAACCUGGAGGGCGUCUUCGCGGCGGGUGAUGCGCGCAGGGGGCAGUCGUUGAUCGUGUGGGGGAUCAACGAGGGGAGAAUGGCGGCGCGCGAGGUGGACUUGUUCCUGGAGAAGAACACCAACUUGCCGGUGACGGGCGGCCUGGUGAAGCGCAAGGCGACGGAGAUUCUGGGUCGUGUUGGUACGGAGGUGGCUGCGUAG